AUGGAUAUACGUUCAUGUGAAUUAAAAAUUCAUAUUUAUACUGUUGCACCUCAUUAUUGUACUAAAGAUAAAGAUCAAAUUGAAUAUACUCGAGAAUGUGGUUAUGAUGAACCAUUACUUGAUUUAAAAUUAGAUCUUCAUAUUGAAUGUGAUACUAUGGAACGAUGUCCAAUAAAUAGUUAUUGUAAUAAACAAACAAAUCGAUGUUGUGUUAAAGUUCUGACUGCUAUUUUCCCAUAUCGAAUGUGUUUAUCAGAUAGACAUUGUGGUCAAAAUAUGAUUUGUACAAAUGGUCUUUGUCAAUGUGCAAGAAAUGAUUUGAUACCAGCAAAGAAAAGAAGGGAAUGCAUUCUUCUUCCACAUUUAUCUAUUAAUUCAAGUUGUAUUACUUCACCAUUUGGAUGUUGUAACGAUAAUUUUACUAUUUCGCCUACUUCUGAUCGCCGAGGAUGUCCCGGUAUACUGAGUUUUUAUGGAUAGCACGAAUUUCGCCGUACUGACUUUUGCAGUAGACUUUCGGCAAAAUGCUUCAAAUUGUUUUGUAACGGAGCAUACAUUUGCUAAAAUCAAAUAUUCGAUACAGACUAUAGAUAUGUGAAACUAAGACGUUUUUAGUCUCGAUCCUAUCUCGACAAUUUCUUUUCUAGUGAUCCUGGUGAUUUUGAUUUUUUUUUAGAUCUCGACCUAGAGAAAAAUAUUCCAGAAUUUCUUCGUUUUACAUCUAAAAUAAUUCUUCAAGAUUUGUCUUUUUGUUUUGUUCAAUCGUUUGGAGACAGUAGUACAUAUUUUGUAUCACCUAUUUUCCUUCCAGUAAAGAUAAUGUCUGCUCACCUUUAAACUAUUAUGACCUAUAAUGUAAUAUAAUCGCCUCAUCUACCAUAUCAUUUGUAUCUUUUCUUUCUUCAUCCCUUUCUGCUAAUAUACAUCGGCGUCAUGAUCUCACCCCACCUCACCGCCGCCCCCCGGUGUACGCUCCCCUUCUCGUGCGGC